CGUAAAAUUCCUGAAUUGAUGAAUAUUUUGUCUAAAGAGAUUUGCGCGCCAGCUGGAACCCUAAGGGUAUGGGGGAGAUUGAGAAACAAAGAAGACGAGGCCAUACGACGUUGGAGAGGACUGAAGAGAGUGGAUAGAGAGCUGGAGAAGGGGAAUUUCAAGGCUGCGUUGUCUUUAGCAAAGCAGUUGCAGGGGAAGCCUGAUGGACUACGCGGCUUUGGCGCAGUCAAAUUGGUGCCAAAAAGAAUCUCAGUCGUGGAUGAACUAGAGCUGAAUGAUGCUGAUAAAAUGUCUCUUCACUCAUCUGUUGAUUCCAUUCUGCAUUUAGUCAAGUGCUGCAGGCAGUUUGCAUUGGAGGAAAAGGUAGGAGCAUUUUUAGGACAAGAUAGCCUGACUAAUGGUGACUGUUGUGGUUCUCUGUCAGAUGAUCGUGUAAUGUGCCUGCAGCAUGAAGCUGGCCAUUUUGUAGUUGGUUACUUGCUCGGGAUCUUACCUAAAAGAUAUAGAGUUCCAAGCAUGGAAGAAUUAGAAAAGGACAACUUAGCUGGAGGGAAAGUUGAGUUUCUUGGAUUUGAGUUUUUACAGGAAGUUUCUAAUACAACUCUGCCAGAAACAUACUUUACCAAUAGGAAGCAUAGUAGCAAGGAAUAUGCUGGCAUUGUCUCCUCAAAGACUUUAAACAGAUUUUUAUGCGUAAUUCUUGGAGGACUAGCAGCAGAGCUUCUCAUGUUUGGGUACUCAGAAUUACUUCACUCGGAUGUUGAUCAGUUGGACAGAGUAAUGAGCCGCUUAGGCUACAGCACAGACAUGGCAAAUUCACAGAUAAAGUGGGCUGCAAUUAACAUACUUUUGAUACUAAGACGGCAUCAUAAAGCUACAUCACGGGUGGCAGAAGCCAUGGCUUUGGGAAGGUCGAUUGGUUUCUGCAUUGAUGCAAUAGAGACUGACUUUGGUACAACAAACGGUGGUAGACAUUUUGGAUCUCAAGCCAAUACACAAGCAAAGUCGCCCUUCCUGACUAACAUCUAUUAAGAUGAAUAAAGUGCUUACUGAUCUGUAAAACAGAAGACUAGUAAACCCUACAGAAGCUCAACACAGUCGUGGAUUUCUUUAGGUAUGGCACUUGCACAUGGAUUGCUGAAAUUUAUAUUUCACAAGCUUAAUGACGACUACAAUAGCAAUUUUUGUACAAGCAUGCAGUAUGAGAUAUUCAAUACAGAUUUGAAGCAAAUUAUGUUUUCA